AUGUCCCCACAAUCACCCGAAUCAGCUUUCACCUUUCUCGCUCAAGGAGCCGCCAUCCAAGAAUUCAAUGUCGACGGUCAAAACAUAGUCUUGGCAUUUCCCGAAGCCAAAUUCUACAAGUCACACAAUGCCCCUUACUUUGGCGAAACCAUUGGCCGCACCACCAAUCGCGUCAAAGACGCUCAAAUACACAAUCUCAAUGGCAAAACCUAUUCGCUGCAUGCCAACGAUGGUCCCAAUUGCUUGCAUGGCGGUGCGGAAGGAUGGGGCAAGAAAGACUUCGACGGUCCCGUACCAAUCAAUCGAUCGGGGAAAGAGGGGGUGCAGUUCACAUAUCUGAGUAAAGAUGGAGAAGAAGGAUACCCCGGCACCGUGCAAUGCAAGGUCUGGUACACAGCUGGCAAGGAAGAUGGCAAGACGGUUCUCGACGUCGAAUACCAAGUCAAAUUUGUCGGCGACGAGUGCGAGGAGACUGUAGUAGGGGUCACGAACCACAGCUACUUCAACCUCAACCCCACCUCCCCCACCAUCGACGGGCACGCCAUCACCCUCUCAACAGACCAAUACUUAUCCCUCGACUCCAACUCCAUCCCCACCGGAGACAUCACCGCUCACGCCUCCGCCCCGAAACCAAACACCACCUUCUUCCUCGGGCCCUCCUCCCCCUCAUUCGACGACUGCUUCGUCCUGGACCCGCCCAACAUAAUCCCACUCGACACGCGCAACCUGCCGCUGCGGACUCUGGUCCGCAUGUCCCACCCGGCCACGAAGUUGAACCUCGAGAUCUUGAGCACGGAGCCGGCGUUUCAAUUUUACACGGGAGAGCACAUUGAGGUGCCGGAACUGGAGAGUAGCAGCGGGGCGAAGAUUCCGGCCAAGGGACCCAGGGCUGGCAUCGCGGUGGAGCCAUCACGGUACGUGGAUGCGCCGAGGAGCGAGUGGAGGGGACAGUGUCUGCUCAAGAAAGGAGAGGUUUGGGGCGCCAAGAGUCAGUAUAGGGCUUGGAAGGAGUGA